AUGACGGAGUUCCUCAGACAGCAGGACCCGAAUCGAGAUUGGGCGGCCGAGUUGGCCGGUUUUAGCCGAAUCGGGGACAAAUGGAGCAUGACCGAAGAAGCCCCGACAGUACCUACAUCAGAACCGAUUGUGCAACCCACAGCACAACCACCCACUUCCGUUCUGACAUCCUCAACAACUCCACCGGAAUGGGAAUCUCCCUCGACGACCACACCAUCGGAACCUUCGAAACCCUCCCCGACUCGCAAAGAAACCGAAUCAAUGGAUAUUGACACCAUCUCCGCCUAUUACGACUCUGACCCAGGGGAAGGUGAGGAAAAAAGGAGCGAGGAGCCGACGAGCCAGGAGGGAGGAGAUGAACCGGAGAGAACGCCGGCAGCGGAGCCCAUCCCUCAAGAAAUGGCGAGGGAAGAGAUAGAUCUGAAUGAAACGGCCAGAAAGCAAGGCCUUAUGACGGAUGAGGAGUUUGAGGCGCUGUUAAAUGAGGUAACCCGUGAGGAAGAAGAAGAUGCAUCGGAGGCACCAGACGCAGGGGAGAGUGGUGCGCAUAUUGAUCAGGAGGAGACCGUGGUACGAACAGAGGAGCCAGAACCAGUGGCACCUCCAGUGUUGAAACCGAAAGCAGUCAAAAGGAAAUUGGUGUUGAGGGACGAUCCCAAGGCAGUACGACCAAAGCCGAAGAGAGUAUCGCAGAGAUGCCUAGGAAAAUGGACAUCCAGCAAGACGAAGGCGAACACAGCAGCAGAUCCAGUUGAAGUUUUAAGUGACGAAGAGAGGGUGACUCCCACAAAACCUUGUGAGGAAUCUUUUCCAGCUACUAGCUUGGAAGAUGCAUCGACGACAGCUGAAGUGGUCUCUACAACGCCGAGUGACCAGAGAGAUGAGACUGAGCAUAUGGCUGAGGGUCUGGACCUCGCAUCUGAGUCAGUAGGUCACGUCGAGCCAAGAGAUGAUAGUACUCAUAUCCGCGUGGAGACCCACCCUACUGCCCAAGACAAGCCUUCAACACAAGCAGAGAAGAAACCGAAAGAGGAUGAAGACAGAGAGGAGGACAGAUACCAAGAAGAGAGAAAAAGGAAAGGGAAAGCCCCUGUUAAGAAAAAACCAAGCAGCAAGAAGCAAUGCACAGUGAACAUAGGCAUCGUCAUCACAGACCCAGCUCAGAGAACCCCACCGCACCGUCAGGAGACAAACGACAGCGACUAUGCUGCUAAUGAAGAGUCGGGAUCCGACAGUGACAUCUCCAAAAAGCUACACUUAACCCCCGGUGGAGAGAUUGAAGUACAGACGCUGGACAGUGGAACUCACUGA